UUUUAUAAGUACAACAAAUGUGAAAAUGUGGACAAACAAUGAGCGCAACACUUGAUUAUUGAGUCAGUGUUUAAUCAAACGUUGUUUUAAGCGCUAAACCAAUGAAUGAGUCAAUUGUUUGAUGUUUUCAUUGAAUUCAAGUAUUGACUGAUCGGACAAAACACAAGACAUAACAAUAAGUGACCCAUCAAUGGACACAAAAGAUAAAGAAGUGAUUGAUUUGUCAGAAGAAUGGGAUGAAGACAACGAUAUGUAUGAUGUGUCUCGUGAUAUGGUCUCACUUCCCAUACAGAGUAAGAAUGCUCUUCGAGACAUCGUUACCGAUAAGGGAUAUGAGUUCGAGUCGGAAGAAAGUCCAACGGAGGAAGAAAAAGAUGAACAGGAAGUCUAUUGGACUCGCGACCAGAUAUUGGCUAAUUUGGACAAAAAUCCAAAGCCCAGUGACAUCGGCGAAGAUUCCGAAAAUUAUGACGAAAGGAUCAAAUUUAUGGAUACUAUUAUUGCAGACGGAGUCUACAAAAAGUUACUUCGAAACGGAACUGGAGAACGGAUUAAUGAGAAAAGUGCUGUUUUGUAUAAUCUUAACGGUUAUAUUGAAGGACAGGACGAACCAUUUGACUCGACAUGGCUUAGGGGUCGACCAAACAAUCAUCGGCUAAGUCACGAUACUUUACUUCCCGGUCUUUAUUUUGCUAUAACUUCUAUGAAAAGAGGUGAACGAUCUGAGUUUGUGGUGCGACCUAACUAUGCAUAUCUAUCGAUGGGUUGUCCACCGCGAAUACCACCUGAUUGUACGGUUUUGUUUAUCAUAGAAGUGAUUAAAGUGUUCGAAGAGGGAUCUUUAGCUCAUUUUGAUACCAUUCCUUUUGAGGAACGAUCAGAAAUUUCUUUUGAAACAAUCUAUAAGUUGUGUGAUGAAGAACGUGUGUCAGCCAAUGGUUACUUUAAAGCCAACCGUAUCCGUGAAUCUGCUUUCCGUUACAAACGUGCCAUACGUUUUCUCGAAGAUCUUACCUAUAAAACAAAUGAAGAACAAAAGACAUCAAAUGAAUUAUUAUUAAAACUUUACGUCAAUAUUGCCAACGCUUACAAUAAAUUAUCGAAGACAUACUUUGCAAUCUCUUAUUGUAAGAAAGCACUGGACAUCGACUCUAACAAUAUUAAAGCCCUCUAUCAGCUCGGAUUGGCAAAGAUGUGUAACGAAGAGUACGAAGUGGCCAAUAGAUUGUUUCAGAAAGCACUCAAACAGAAACCUAAUAAUACAGAUAUAUUAGAUAUUAUCGAACGGUUGGAUCAACGUAUGAAUGGUCAGCGAAUAGUCGAAGAAAAUCUUUACCGAAAAAUGGGCUCAAUUUUCGUUAGCAAUAAUAAAAAAUAACUUUCAAAUGAUUUUUUAUUUUUUGAUUAAUCAAUG